AUGCCAGAAUUUGAAGAGGAAAACUAGCUCUAGGUUUAUCAACCAGAGGGUGCUGUCGGACUGAGAUACAGAAAACAGUUAUUUAACAACAAAGACCUUGGAUACAUAGGCUUCUCUUCUCAUGUGCUCGAGUCUUUGUUCAGGAAAAAAUAUCACCAUAGCGUAUUUGAUUAAGACCCCGAAAAUCCUUUUCCUAGCUAUGAAGACUACAUGGUUUCAGAGGUUUGUCCACUCAGCAUAUUCAGUAAUGAUAUAUACCAUCAAACUCACUCUUGCUCAGAAGAUCCUCCUCUCUACUCAUAUUUAAGUACCAAUUACUACAAAUCAAAAAGUGACUACAUUCAAAACCCUUUCAAGAAUGAAACAUUCCUCCUUGGUGGUAUAUAAAUUUAGACUGCAGACAGUUAAGGCAAUGAGUUUCCAAGAGAUAAUUCCUACCUAAACUAUGCACUUGGUGUCAAGAAUUCCUAUGAACUUCCGUUGAUACCCCUAGAUGAAAUUGAGGUCGAACAGAUCAUUGAAUCAUUUAUCUAUAAGAAAGCAAAGACUCAUAACAGAGAAAAUUUCUUCAAAUUUAUGGAGGUUUAUGGUGCCGAAAGAGUUCAGAAUAUGGAAAGCUUCCAGAAAAUUACAUUCACUUAUGCAGAUCCAGAGCAUAUUUCCAAUUUAACAUAGGGUUUAAAACCAAAUAAAAUAAGUUCAUUGGUUCCUAAUAAUUAGUUAUUUAAAUUCUUCCAUGGAGAACUUGAAGUUAGUCCUUCACACAUAAUCUCUUUUGAUGAAUGCUAUUCUUUGAUACCAAAAAGGCAUAUUUUAACAAUCGAUAAUUUGAGCAAAAUUAAGCCCUUAAUAAUUAAAAGCUUCAGGACAAGUUCACCUGAGGUAACACCUUAUUUGAUGAAUGGCAGAGACUUUCCCAUCAAGUUAGGACCGCUUAGCAGUUUAGAAAUACAAUUAGUAUUUUUGCCAGAAAAUCUCGGUCUUUUUGAAUGUGUCUUCUAUAUUAUGAUCAACGAUGUUAUAUAUGUAGGAACAAUGAAUGCUUUUGUGAUUCCUAAUUAAUUUGAUCUUACCCCUCUCUACAUAGCUGACGUCGGUAUAGGUUAGAAAGUAGUUUAAGAAUUAGAAAUUACGAAUCCAACUCAUCAAUUACUGGUUAUUGAAGAAAUUUACUCAACCGAUUUCUACGCUUAACUACAAUGGCCUAGUGGAGAAAUGAUACCUUAAUAAUUUGACAGCUAUGGAAAUGGAAUUCCUACUAGAGAGCCUAUUUCCAAUAGUGAAUUUUUAAAAAUCUAACCAUUUACCAGGAAUCACAUUUGUAAUAUAGUUUUCUAAGUAAAUUAAUCCCAUGAUUUCUACUCAGAAAUAAUGAUAAGGACAUCCCAGAAUGAUUUAAUCAGAAUACCUAUGUAUUUCCAUGUGAACUCAGAUAUAAUGAGAUUUGAGCCAUCAAUAAUUGACUUUGGAGUAGUACCUAAUAACUUUGAUGUAAUUAAAGUAUAAGUCAGAGGAACUAAUAAAGGGCUAGAACCAAUUAGAAUUCAUGAAUUAUAUGUGCCAAUAUCUGAUGAAAGAAUCGAUUUUAUAUUUUUGGAGGCGAGAAUGCUAGAGAAAGGACCUCAGGUGGAAGUUAAUUAAGAAGUAUUUUUUGGUUAUUGUUUACUUAUCCCUAAUUCCCCAGGCAUGAUUUUGCAGAAAAUCAUCUUGAAUGCUACAGGAAUAUUAACUAACACUUCUUACAAAAUUGAAUUACCUAUUGUCGGUAAUGUAUUAAAGAACAAUUUUGCACUGCAAGGAGGAAUAGAAUAAUAGUAAUUGACCAAUUUUAGAGACUUUGUACCACCUAUGGUUACUUUUGAUAUAUCAGAAUAUAUAAUGAAUCAACCUUUAUCUAGAAUGCUAUUUGUGAUUCCAUAGUUUAGGCCUGUCAUACUUACUGCACCAUUGAUUAUAAAGAAUACAUUUGACAGACCAAUAUCAAUUAAGGGCAUUAUCAACAAUAAUCCGGAAUUCAAAGUAGAUCUCUUGCCAGGUAUAAAUCAUGAUAUCUUAUAUAGAGAGAUAAUAUUAUUUCCUAAUGAAACAAUUAAAUUUGCCUAGAUAGAGUUAUUAACCACAUCACUUAAGAUUACUCAAGGCAUUAAAUAUAUUUCAAUCCAAGUAAAUAACACUCUUAUACCUGCUGCAAUUCAAAUCUAUGACAAGCAUCUCACAUGUGUCUGGGAAGAAUAGCAAAAGUCUAGAUAUCUACAAUGUGCUCAUGGCUAUGAUAUGAAUUUUGGUUAUGUACCAACAAGCGAGCCAAAAAUAAAAAAACUCAAUAUCACUAAUCUCAAUCCUCACAACAUAACCUUGGAAAAUCUCGUAAAAUCGCAAAUUGAUGAUCUAAUAGUAUAUGUGGAUAAAUAUGUGGAUAGAUAUGGAAGGUAGCUUCUGAUUCCAAACCCUUUGCAGGAAGAUAAAGAAUGCAAAAUUAAUUUCAUGACUUAAAAGAGAACCAAGAAAAUUAUUAACUUUACAAUUCAGCCCUAUUAAACUUUACAGAUUAUCUUUCAAGUCAGUGGUAGAGAGGCAAAGAAGAAGAGUUCAAAGAUAGAAUUCUAAAUAAGAAAGCGUGAAACUUCAGAUUUCUCAUUCAACUAUUCUUAUUAAGUUUUAGAAGGAAAUCUCACUUUAGUACCUCAAGUAAUCAGGUUUUAAUCAAGCUAUAUUGGUACUCUCCAAUCAAAACCAAUUAUAGCCAGAUCUACAUUCGAUGUACCUAUUUUAAUCAGUUAGAUUUCAUCUAGUGAUAUUCGCAUUUUCCCACAAUUUUCUUAAUAAAACACAAACAUAAUAAUGCCAAGAAACAAAACUGAAAUUGGACAUGUUGGUUUUGAUGCUAAUCGAUAUCAUACUAAUAUGUUGUUUUAGAACUUUGAAAAUUCUAUAGGAUUAAACAACCCACAUGCCAAUACUUUUGACAAUGCCAUGGAGUAGCAACUAUUAUAAUUGAUUACUGGAGGAGUGGCAAAGCCUAACAAUGGAUAAUUUACUAUGAUACUCAAUUAAGGACAAUAAAUCUAGUUCAACUAGUAAAAUCAUCAACACCAGUAAGGAUAAUAUUGGCAAAAUCAUAAGCAGAUAAUCAACAUUAAUGAUCUGAUCCUCUAUAAAGAGCGCUAAAAGACUUGGGAUGAUCUUGGCUAGAUGGGUAAAACAGAGAUAAAUGCUGUAGUUACCAUUGAAACCAAUGUCUUUUAAAACAUCUCUGUUUAGGUGAAGGCUCAUUUGUCAAAACCUUCAAUUAUUCUCGAUGAAGUAGUGGAUUUUGAUAUCGUUCAGAUAGGUACAAUCAGCAUGAAAAAUAUAAAAAUAGUCAAUCCUAGUGAGGAACCACUCAUAAUCUCAUUAUUCCUGGCUAAUCAGCCUUUGAACAAAGCUAAUGAACUUAAUUAGAAGGCAACUAUUAAUUAAACCAAUGAUUGGAGUGAUUAGUUCUUGAAUUUGAAAACUAAAAUCAAUAAAAAUUCUUACUUAAAUCAUUACUGCAAUCAAAAGCAAAAGUAUUAUACUGGCUAGGAUAAUUUCACCAGCACUUUCUACGAGAAAUCCAAUCACUCUGAAAUAUAUGUAAGCGGCAAGGUAAACAGCUUUGAGAUUUGUAGUGAUCUAUAAAAAAUAUUGAACGAUUAGCACUUGUCAGAGAAAACUAAAAAGGCACUUAUCUAAAAUGUUGAAACAUUUUUCCAUCUAUCAUUCGAUGAAUAUAGUCAGCUAUUUGCGAAUAAUAAUCUAAUGAAUUUCAACAAGAAUAUUAUGUAGCUGAAUAAAGAUCUUAUUAAGAAAUAAUAGAACGGGUUAGAGAUUAAUGAUAAUAAUUUUAAGGAUUUGUUAAAGAAUUUAAGUCAGAACGGAAACCCUAAUAAGGAGGGAUAGUAAAAUUAGCAGUAGCCAAUUAUAGGUCCUAAUUUUGAGUUGGAUUCUCUAGCUAACUAAAUUAAUAAGGCUUCAUCCAGUAGAUUUAUUGAUUAGUAUACUGUCAACAUGCUUAGAAUCAAUGAAAGAGCAAAUACUAAAGGAUUUUUUGAAAAUUUAAAGAACCUCUUUAGUGGGGCUAGCUUUAAGAUGGAUAACUAAACAAGAAACAACACUAAGAAUAACUCAGCUUACGUUUAUCAUCAGCUUUUCAUGUCAGAGAUGAAGUAGCAGAAAAGAUUCAGAUUAAAGAACUACAUUUUAAAUGAGAUAAUUAUCAAUAAUGACACUUCUAAAUUCUAAAAUGAAUAUGUGGAUAUGAAUACCCAAAAAACUCUAACUAUUUCAAACUAAAGCUUCUACUUAAAUCCCAAGAUUUUUGGAAUGCAAUUUAAAAUAGAUCCUAGAAGCAAUUUUACAUUUAGAGAGGCUAUUAUAUUCUAGCCUUAAAGUCUUCAAAAUGAGUUAUUGAGCAUGAAUUUAAUCGUUAAAAAUAACCUUACUCAUCUCUAUCAAGUGGAACUUACUGGUAAGAGUGGUACUGGCCUUAUCGAAUUCAUACAGCCAGAUGAUAGUUCCAACUAUAACUACUAUAAAAAUCAAGAGCUUUAUAAAGAUGAGUACAAGCAGUAUCUAAGAAAUGAAAACUUGACAGAUAAUUUUAAGAUUGAAAAUGCAAGAUAGAGCAUAUUGAAGUAUAUAUACGGUGAUUUUUAUGAAGGAACAGAAAAAGGCGAAAGAAGUUACAAGGCUUAAAAAGAUCUAGAAAAGUAUUUAUACUUCAAUAUUGCAGCAGAGGAUAUGAUAGUCAUUCAAGAUUUUUAUCGGGAAAAUUAAGAAUCUGACUAUCAAUCUAUAACUGACAUGCUCACAGACAAGUACUCCAACAUCAAGCUUAACAGUCAUCAUAAAAGAGUGUUUAUUGCUCAGAAUGUUGGAAAUCUGCCUAUAAACAUUGACAGUAUUUCAAUUGAUGGAAAAGGGUGUACAGCUUAUGGUAUAUAGAUUCUUAACUGUCAUUCUUUCUCACUAAAGCCUGGAUAAACUCAUUAGAUAACAAUAAGCUAUUAAACUGAUUACACUAUUGGGAAAUUGAAAAAGCCCAUUAUUUUAGAAUCUAAAUAUUUUGUCUAGGAAUUUAUCUUACUGAUUCAAUUACCCCUACCACUUUUACCAUUAGCUAAUUAAAUUUCUCCUAUGACCCCUUAUGAAGAAACUGCAUCAGCGAUAAUGAAAUUGCUUAUAUUUUGCUCAGGUGUUUUGGCUUUGCUAUAUGUUUCAAGAGAUAUUUUAGGGCACUUUUAAUUUAAGCAUGAUUAGCUUAAGCAAGAAAAACUGGAUAACCAUCUUCAGCAAGCAAUGUAUUUCAAGUUAAAUCAGCCCAUAAAACAUAAAGAGAUUCCAAUCCUGAGAGAUAUGCUUGCUCAUGAAUAGAUAUUCUAAGUGUAUCAAACAGCCUAAGAAAAAUUUGACAAUCCUAAUUAACUAUUAUUGAAAGAAAUUACAAAUCUCUAUUCUAAGAAAAACCUUGUCUGUCUUGAAGCUCAGAAGCAAGCACUUGAAGCUGAAAAUUACAGAAGGGUUAGUUACAGACAGCAAAAUCUAACCAUCAACAAGUAUCUGGAGAGAAAAGAUAAGGAGGAAGUGAAUAGACCAGCACAGCACGAAUCGAACAUGCAAUUCUAAUAGACCGUUGGAAACAGACAUUAAGAUUCAACUAAGCAGUAGUAAAUUUAAUAAUAGCAGUUGAAUUAAGUUCAAUCAAAGGAAAUAGAUUAGUAAAAUAGAGCUAAGCAAAGCCUUCCAUAACCUGUCUCUGUGGUUAUUCAAAAAGAAAUGUCUAAGUAACCAAGUUACAGCGAAGAAAAGAUAAGUAUAUAAUAGCAAUAAAAGAAGGAAGUCUAAGAAUUAAAGGUAACUAAAUAAGAUGAUUAGGCAUUAGUUUAGCCGCAAAAAGAAAAACUAUCACCAUUGGAUUUCUAAGCUUAGACUUAAAUUCAACCUCAGCCUCAAUUAAGCUAGAAAUAAGACUCUACCUAAGAAUAAUCAGUAGCUUAAUCCAAUACUACAAAUAUAAAUUCAUAAACUUAACCAUAAAAAGUAGUCAGAAUAAUGAACAAAAAGCAGCAGAGGUAGACUGCUCAAAGAAUAAAGGAGCAACAAGAGCUUGAAGAAAGAUUUAGAUAAGCUGAGAAAAGAAAAGAAGAAUAAAGAUUAGAAGAACUCAAGCGAAAGGAACAAGAGAUAAUAAAAGCUAAAGAAUUAGCCAGAAGAGCGGAAGAAGAGCUUAAAAAGAUGAAAGAGCAAGAAGAGUACAUCUAAGCUUAAAAAGCUUUAUAAUUGCGGAAAGAUACAUGGGAAGACUAAGCUCCUCAGUCAUCGAAUCAAAGCAUAUAAUAUGAAAGGGAAAAUUCUCUCAAUCUAAGUCAAAUCAAUGAAGAGAAGCAAAUCAGUGGAAACAAAAAAUAAGACUAGGAGUUUAAAAAAGACUUAGAUUAUAUAGGAGAUCUAAACGAAUAGAAUUAAUCUUUCAUUAGUGGAGAUUAAGAUCAAAUAAAAACUUAGGAAAAGAUUCUUGAUAGUUCAUAAAUUGAAAUAAAGCAGAAUAAAGAAAAGACUAUUGAACUUAGUCACUCAAAUAUUGAGGAUUCCAAUUCUGGUCCAGCCCAAGAAACUAAGUCGGAGAAUAUUUAACAGUAGAAAAUACUCAUAUAAAGAAAAGAGGAAUCUCUCAUUCAAAAGCAGCUAUCUAAGAAUAGCUAAGAUUAAGAAACUGAUUCAUAACCUAAAAGUAGAGACAUUUCAAGCAAUUACGAAGAUUCAUUUUAGCAUAGAUACUAGAAUCAACAAUUAAAUGAUCAGGGGUAAACUGGAUUUCAAAAAAGAGGUUAAAACUCUUAUGCGUAAAAUGUGAGGUCAUACUAAAAUCAAAAUUAACUUGCAUCAUACAAACCUCGUUCUGGGUAUUAGCAAAAUACCUAUAAUUAAGGUACAUAUGUCACAAAGACUUAAUAUCAAAACUAUUCAUCCACAGGUAGAGGCUAAGCUUCUCAAAGCUCUGCUAUUGGCUAGGCAUCAUCUAAUAGAAGAGUCUUCAUAAAUAACUAGAGAGGACACUACUAAUCUACUUCUUAUUCUAGAGGGAGAGGUAGAGGAUUUAAAAGAGGAUCAUAUAACGACUACGAUGAUGAAGAGUAUGAAUAUUAACAAAACAAUUAUACAUAACAGUAGUAAUAUUACAGAAAAUAGUUUGCUAAAGAAGACUAUGAUGAGGAUUCAUAUGAGUAUUAGAAUGAAAGCUAAUACAGAUAACGAUUUUAGAGAAAGUAGAAUUUUACCUCAUAGGAUGAAAAUGAAGACUCUGCAUCCCCUGAUGAUAAAUAAAAGCAAGAGGAAGUAAAUAAGUCUUAAGAAAUUGAUAAAAUUGUUUUACAGUCAAAUUCUAAAUAUUAAAAGAAUGAUAACUUAAUCUUAAUAAGUGAUCAAGAUAAAGUCUAAAAUAUCAAGGAUGAUGAAGAUAGUUUAGACAAAGAUGAAGAAGAAAAAUCCUUUGUACUCAAGCAAAGUGAAGAAAAUAUCAAGAAAGGAUAAUUAAGUAAAGAUGACUUGAUGCCAUUUUUUGAGAGCUAAAAGAAAACUGAAGAAGUGUUGCUUAGUUCAAGGAGAAAUUCAAUAAGAGGAAGCGUGGCUAGUCCACCCUAGCAGUAAAUAGGCUAAAGCAUCUUUUCUUUUAAUCCAUUGAACAUAUUCACUCAAUAGUCAAGUAGUAAGUAAAGUCAUAAGAAAAGAGAAUCAUCACCAGAGUAUGAGUUGACAGUGAAUUAGCUUAUUGAUGAUGAUGAUGACUAUGAUUAGUAUCUUAGCAAGAAAUAACAGUAGAAGUAGACUCAAUAGAAUUAAUAGAACCAAUAAGCAAAUAGAUUACAAUCAUAAAAUAGUUUUGGAAACUAAAAUCAGUCAACUGAUUUUUACAAUACUUUCAAAAGUGCUAGCUCAUUGUUCUCGAAACCAUUAUUCGGUAAUACCUUCUAAAAGCAGUAAGAUGCAAGAUUAAACUAAUAGAACGAAGGGUUAUCAAGCUCAUUUAUAAAUCAAAAUAACGAUAACUCCAGAAGUUUCAUUGAGAAGGAAGAACCACCAGAAGCAGAAGAUGAUUACGGUAGUUUAUUUAGUGGUAGUUUAUUCGGAGAUCAUGGGCCAUUCUCGUCAUACAGGAGAAACUAAGCUAGUGUUGAAGAAGCUAAUACUGCUUUAACUCGGGACACUCAUUAAAGAUUCACAAUUCCAGUGAAUCAUUUGACUAAAUUGGAUGAUCAAUUCUUUCCUCCUCCUGGUUUAGCCCCAGUUCAGGGAAAUAGUGGUGCCUCAGUCAUAAAUCAGAAUUAUUACAACAAUUCAUAUUUCCAGCAGCAGCCAUCUUCUGCUGGUUAUGGUUAUCACUAUCCUUAGCAGCCAUAAUUUAAUCAGCAAACUGUAUUCGGAAAUGCUUUUGGAAUGAAUUUGAGAUAAAACUUUAACAUCAGUCCUGGUGGGUAAGCUCAUAUGCAGUAGGAUCCAAGAUAUUAUGAAGCUUAAUAAAGAGCUUAGGGUAUCAAUGCUAACUGGAAUGUUAACAGUUUCAAAGAACCUUCAGAGAAAGAUUUAAAUAACUCUAUGAAUGAUUCCACUCAAAAAUGA